AUGCGACGUGAGGAGAUCAAUACGCAUGCUGGCAUUAUUUCGGAAAAAGCUGCAUGUGGAAUGCUUAGUGACGAUGCAAAGCUGAGAUCACGGCUGAGAUUAUGUCGUGCAAACGCCAACUCAGACGAUUAUUUGCUCAAGGAAAGCUAUGAGUGGACACCGGAAUUACUGUCACAUGAUUUUCUACCUCGAUUUACAGGCGAAGAUCAGCCAAGGCGGAGCAAACGGAAACGACGCAAAGAUGUACUUGCUGAGAUUGGACACCAUUUUUGUCGAGUACACCGCGUGUGGCAAAGAUCAAAGCUGGGUACUUCCCGUUUUGAAUCAAUGAAAAUUGAAGAAAUGGGCCUAUUGGAGAGGACAAUCAAAGGCAGCUUACAGGCGGUGGUCGAAUUGGUCUACAAAAUGAUGUUAGCUCGCUGGAUGGAACGAAGGAAACGACCCGCUGCGUGGUGGACAUCUUUUCAACUUCGUGAGAGAAAUUGUUUUGGCCGAAAGCAUGAAUCGCUCGUUCAUUUUUCUGACAACUUAUCUACAGAUUACUUAAAUAAGGAUUCACAGGCAAACAGUACUCAAGCCGCUUUGUCAGAUAUUGUCGAGCUCAACGACAAUUUACAAGAUGCAAUUGACGGGGAAUCUGUCGAACACAAUAAAGUUCGACGGUCUAGUGUGCAAUUACCUACCGUAGGUGGUUUCCGACGCCCUUCCACGGUAAAUUUGGUGAAUCAUCCAUCGGGAUCAAGAGAGAAAGCGACUGAACUAUCCUCAUCAUCGGACUUCGUGAUCGCGAAACCACUUUUGUGCUCCAAGCCGAUCCGAGAUUGCGGCUUUUACCCGUGGACUGAAAAGGACGUUGAGGCCUUCACGCACGACGCUAAGCGUAUAGCCGAUGUACGUGCCGCGAUGGUGGAUCUCUGCGACCGGCUCAACUGUCGGAAGGUCUCCCGUGAGGUGGCAUGUGUUACUGAAACUGAGACUAGACCAGCUUUGUUUGCUGAGGAAAGAGAAGUAGUUGAGGUAGCGUCGGCGCUUACCAUGAAGCGUACAUUACCUGUGACUGGGGCUAACCCAUCCGUGAUAGAAGACAAUAGCGACUCAUCAGCUUCGCACGUAACUUCAGACGAACCAAGUAUUAGGGAGUUGCAGAAGAGUGUUCGGAAUGCACAUGGCAGCGUUGCAGAUCUGCUUUCUCUGUACGAUGGCCAACAGUCGGCUGAGUGGCGCGAUGUUAUUUUUAUCAACUGGACUUGCCACUGCUCACCUACUGGAUACGAUCUUGCAGGAUGGAGUUGCUCAGGAACCGCUUGUAGACAGUAG